GCCGAAGGCGCAGCCCAUUGGAACUGUCUCCGGGGUCAGAGGUGGGCGUGUGGUCCGUGAAGAGGCGGUCGCGAUGCUGAUCAAAGUGAAGACCCUAACUGGCAAAGAGAUCGAGAUUGACAUAGAACCCACAGACAAGGUGGAGAGAAUAAAGGAGCGCGUGGAAGAAAAAGAAGGCAUCCCUCCCCAACAGCAGCGGCUGAUCUACAGUGGCAAGCAGAUGAACGACGAGAAAACCGCAGCCGACUACAAGAUCCAAGGUGGAUCGGUGCUUCAUCUGGUCUUGGCACUGCGAGGGGGAGGCCCGCGAUGAUGGACCCUCUGCCCCCCCCGUGUACCCC